UCCGAAUAUUAAAGGGCCAGGCAAGAAUACCUCUAUUUCAAAAAUCUAAAGCCGUCGUUGUAGCAGAAACCGAGCGGCAGAAACAUUCGAAAGAAUCGGAGAAGUCUUUCGCCGAGAAGAGUAAGAGACUGAGGGAAGUAAGAGCGGAGAAGAUGAUGGAUAGGCUGAGAUUUCGUGGGGGGUCGGCGGCUAAGGAAAGGGAGGUAUCGACGAGAUCCGACAACGCGAGCCCUAGUAGUAAUCUCGGCACUGAAUCGGUGGCCGUCGGGCCGGCGAGGCCUCUUCGGCUUGUUUACUGCGAUGAGAAGGGAAAGUUCGUGAUGGACCCCGAGGCUGUGGCUGCUCUGCAGCUAGUCAAGGGACCCAUCGGUGUUGUUUCCGUCUGUGGGCGGGCGCGCCAGGGAAAGAGUUUUAUUCUUAAUCAGCUUUUGGGAAGAAGUAGUGGUUUCCAAGUUUCUUCCACUCACCGGCCUUGCACGAAGGGACUUUGGAUGUGGAGUGCGCCAUUAAAGAGAACAGCCCUUGAUGGAACUGAAUACAACCUCUUACUUCUGGACAGUGAAGGGAUUGAUGCCUAUGAUCAAACGGGGACUUACAGCAUCCAGAUUUUUUCCCUGGCUGUCCUUUUGUCAAGCAUGUUUAUAUACAAUCAGAUGGGUGGUAUUGAUGAGGCUGCACUUGAUCGCUUAUCCUUGGUCACUCAAAUGACUAAACAUAUUCGUGUUCGAGCCUCUGGUGGUAGGACUACGACAUCUGAACUUGGACAAUUCUCUCCAGUCUUCAUUUGGCUAUUGAGGGAUUUCUACUUGGAUUUGGUGGAGGACAACCGAAGAAUUACUCCUCGGGAUUAUUUAGAGCUAGCCUUGAGGCACGUUCAAGGUGUAGGAAAGGACAUAUCUGCAAAGAAUGAGAUUCGGGAGUCAAUUCGUGCUCUUUUCCCUGAUAGAGAUUGCUUUACUCUUGUACGGCCAUUGAACAAUGAAAGUGAUUUGCAGCGUCUGGAUCAAAUACCUCUUGACAGAUUACGGCCUGAGUUUAGGUCUAGCCUGGAUGCUUUGACUGAGUUUGUCUUCGAGAGAACCAGGCCUAAACAAAUUGGUGCUACUGUUAUGACUGGACCCAUUCUUGCUGGCAUUACACAGUCAUUCUUGGAUGCCAUCAACAAGGGUGCUGUGCCUACUAUAUCUUCCUCUUGGCAGAGUGUUGAGGAGGCAGAAUGCCGUCGAGCAUAUGAUUCUGCUACUGAGAUCUACAAAUCCUCUUUUGACCGAACAAAACCAGCAGAGGAAGCAAUUUUAAGAGAAGCACAUGAAGUUGCUAUGCAGAAGGCACUUAGUGCUUUCAAUUCUGAAGCUGUGGGGGUUGGCUUAGCGCGAUUGAAUUAUGAAAAGCUUCUUCAUAAUUUUUUCAAGAAGACAUUUGAGGAAUAUAAAAGGAAUGCCUUCCUAGAGGCAGAUUUGCAUUGUUCAAGAAUGAUAAAAACCAUGGAGGAAAAGUUACGAGCUGCUUGCCAUGUUCCGAAUGCACAAGUUGAUGUUGUUUUUGCGGUUUUGGAUGGUUUAGUUAAUGACUACGAGUCCUCUACUCAUGGUACUGGAAAAUUGGAAAUGUUGGUUUCAUUUAUACUGAAGAGUUUAAAGGGGCAAAUAUUGGACCUACACAAUAAGCAGUUAUAUGAAAUUAAAUCAGAAAUGACUGCCCUCAAAUUAAGAUGCAGUUCAAGUGAUGACAAAUUGGAACUGCUAAAGAAGCAACUGGAGGCAAAUGAGAAACACAGAGCUGACUAUUUGAAGCGUUAUGAGGAUGCUGUUAAUGAUAAGAAAAGAUUUGCUGAUGAUUACUCUGUUAAUAUUGCAAAUUGGAGGGGUAAAUGCAGCACAUUGGAGGAGCGUUGUUCGAGUAUAACGAAAUCCUUGGAACUUGCAAAGAGUGAAUCUGCUGGGUGGAAAACUAAAUAUGAGCAUAUUUUGUCAGAGCAAAAGGCAGUGGAAGAGAAGUUGAAAUUUCAAACUUCCGCUUUGGAGUCCAGGAACAGUGCAGUUGAAGGAAGAUUAGCUGCUUUAAGAGAACAGUCAAAUGCUGCCCAGGAAGAGGCAAAAGAGUGGAAGCGCAAAUAUGAAUUUUCCCUUGGAGAGGCUAAAACUGCUCGUGCAAGAACAGCUCUAACAUUGGAGCAGUCCAGUAAAAAGGCACAGCAGAGGGAAGAUGCUUUGAGAACUGAAUUAUCUGGCAGAAUAGCUGAGAAGGAUGAAGAAAUUAGGAAGCUGACUGCAAAGAUAGACCAUACUGAGUUGCAUGCAAGAAGUUUAAUUUCACAAUUGGAGGUUGCAGAGUCCAGGGUGAAGAGCCACGAGUUGGAAAAUUCAGCGUUGAAGGAGGAAAUUAAUGAUCUAAUUGAUAGAUUGGAUUCCUUCAAAGCCAGCUCCCAAUCACACGAGAAAGAACUCAAAAUUCUAGAGCAAGAAAAGAAUCACCUUCAGGAAAAAUACCUAUCCGAAUGCAAGAAGUCUGACGCAGCCGAAAAUAGGUGCAAUAAUGCAGAGAGUGAAGCCAAGAAAGCGAUAGAAGUUGCUGACAUUGCUCGAUUGGAGGCAGCUGCAGCUCAGAAAGAAAAGAGCGAGGCUCAACGCUUGGCCAUGGAACGACUUACACUAAUCGAACGAUCUCAGAGACAGAUUGAAGGCUUGGAGAGAGAGAGAUCUAAGCUAAUGGAAGAUGUUAAGAGACUGCAUUCUUCUGAAAUUGAAGCUAUAUUGAAAGCAGAUCAGCUGGAGACAAGACUGCAAGAGAGGGAUAAAGAACUGGAGGAGCUGCUUAGUAAGAACAAUGAGCAGAGGUCCACCACCGUGCAAGUUCUGGAGUCUCUCUUGGCUACGGAGCGUGCCGCGCUUGCCGAGGCCAACAACAGAGCAGAGGCUCUCUCAGUUCAGCUGCAGGCCACUCAGAGCAAGCUUGAUUUGCUGCAGCAGGAGCUUACUUCGAUUCGACUCAAUGAGACCGCUCAUGAUAGUAAGCUCAGGACUGGGCAGGGGAAGCGAUCGAGGAUAGAAUACCACCAACCAGUUACUGAAUCAGUGCAUGAUAUGGAGCUUGAUGGAGAGAUCCAUGGAAAUGAGAAGAAGCGUUCGAAGAGCACCACGAGCCCUUUGAAACUGAACCAGACAGAAGAUGGUGGAUCUGUUUAUAAAGCCGGUGAUCAAGAAACAGAUUCAGAGGAUUAUACGAAGUUCACUGUGAUCAAGUUGAAACAGGAGCUUACAAAGCAUGGCUAUGGUGCUGAGCUGCUCCAGCUGAAGAAUCCUAAUAAGAAGGAUAUCCUCGCUUUGUACUCGAAGAAUGUUCUUAAGAAAUAGCUUCUUGUUUGAUGGUCCUGUUAUUUUUCCCUGUUUUUUAACGUAGGAUCUAUAGUGUUGAUUUUGCAAAUUUAGACAAAAACCAUGUUGUUUGGGUGGUGGUUAUUUCUUUUAACCAUCCUCAAUUAUUAUCAAAGGUUUUUUUUUUAUUAUUAUUUUAAUAUAAAUUUUAACUGAUCAA